CUCUCUCUCUCUCUCUCUCUCUCUACACACACUCUCUCUCUCCUCCAUUGCGGAUCGAAAUUCAAAAUCCGUAUCCAGUACUUGUUAAGCAAGCAGCAUAGAUCUUUACCUACAAACACAAUUUAAGCUUUACGUUAGGGCUGCUUGCUGCUGUUUCUUACAAGUAAGAUUAGAGCUCUUUCAGAUGUAUGUAGAUGUUGACUAUGGGCACUACUACAUUACAGAUGGGUAUUACUUGAUUUAUCUGGUGUUUGCGUGAAUAAAUUCUGAAGUUUUGAGAGUAAGAAAUUAGAAUGGAGGUUGAAAAGCGAGCGGUAAAGGGAGGUUUUUUUCAGCUUUUCGAUUGGAAUGGUAAAUCUCGAAAGAAGCUCUUCUCAGGAAAAUCUGAAUUACCUGAGAGUUCAAACCAAGGGAAAGAAAAUUAUCGUGGUUCAGCCAUCGUUCGCCGUCAGCAGGGGCUUGAAAGAGAGUUCCCUCCAGAUGGCAGAGGCUACAGCGAUUAUCACUACGCUUCAUCGGCAAGUGGUGACUCAGAAUAUGGAACAAAAGCGCCAGGUGUCGUGGCGCGUCUUAUGGGACUCGAUUCAUUGCCGGUGCCUAGUAAUGCUAACGAACCUUGUUUAACGACCCCAUUUAUCGAGUCCAACUCAUUCAGAGAUUCUAGCUAUUUAAUGGCUGGUCCAGCAUUCCAAAAUGAACACGAUAUUGUAAUAUUUGAGAGCGUUCGGAAUAAAUUGGAUGGAUCGAGUAGGAACCCUUUGGAGCUGAGGCUGCAAAAAAUGCAGAGCCAACAUCUAGAGAGGUUUCAACGAGAGGCACUUCCUCCAAAAUCUGCUAAAUCGAUUUCUGUGACUCACCAUAGGCUCUUAUCUCCGAUUAAGAGUCCGGGAUUUGUUCCACCUAAAAACGCGGCUUAUAUAAUCGAAGCAGCAUCCAAAAUAAUGGAGCAGAGUCCACGGUCAACAAGUAAAGCCAACUUCCCGUCACUUGGGUCUCCUUCGGUUCCAUUUAGAGUUCGCGAUUUGAAGCAGAAGAUUGAGUCUGCUCAAAAGGGCAGAGAGCAGAAUUCGAAAAAUACGAAGAGACAACUUGAUAGUAGGGGUAAAGGCCGAUUAGCAGACAGUUAUCUGUAUCAGAGUUCUGAAGAAUCAAAAAGUAUUGGUUCUUCUCAAAGAAUAAAGAAUCGUGAGAAGUCGGGUUCUCUUGCAGUUCAGGCAAAGACCAACAUUCAGAGAAAAGACGGCUUCGCCUCAGUUGGUAAUAGAAGUUCUGAGAAGCAAAGAGAACUUAGUGAUGUUAAACAUGGAUUUGCGAGCAAGGAUUUGACGAAUACACAAAAGAAAGUUGAAAAGAAAAGUUCAUCAAGAAGGGCUUCUUCGGAAGUGCUCAGGCUGAAUAAUCAGAAGCAGAAUUGUGUAUCGGAGGGCUAUGAUGAAAAUCCGGGGCCUUCUUGUUCCAAGCUAAAGGAGAGAAAAGAGCCGAAUUUAUCCAAUAAUUACGUAAACGGGCGGACAAAUAGGACUGUAAAUAAGAUUGUCAUUGGUGACGUCGCAACAUCUAGGAGGACAAAUUUCGUUGCAGCAGAUCCUGGUAAAGAGGUUCCUCUAUCGAGACCAAAGACAAAUGCAAAGAAAAAACUGUCAAUCGACGGAAGUAUUACCCAUAAGGCAAUGAUGGUGAAAGACGAGAAAUCUGUAAAACGUAAUGUUGCAUUUGCAGGCGAUGCUGAAUCUGAAUGGGAUGGGAAUGACAAGAAAAGUAGUUUGGAUGUGGUGUCGUUCACAUUUACAUCUCCGAUAAAAAAGUCUGGGGCUAGUUCAAGUUCGUGCAAUACAAUCUUGGAAGCAAAUAGCUCGUCUUUUACCAACAGCGAUCCUUGUGUACAUGGAUCCGAAUUGAGAGAUUCAGGUUCAUACUCAUCAAGGUUUAAUGUAAUCGGUGGGGAUACAUUGAGUUUGCUUUUGGAACAAAAACUAAAAGAAUUGAGUUCCAAGAUUGAGUUGUCCCAGAAAGACGUGUCAGAAUCUGCUGCUUCUUGUUCUAGUUCUGCCAUUUCCAACUCAAUAUUGAAAACUAAAGAGGAAAUCAAGAAUGCCUCUAUUGACAAAAUUUUGCUCAAAGCUGAAAAAGAGAACAAGGAAGUAGAAUAUAUCGAAGAAGGGGAUGGUGAUGACAACAGCAACAUUGAGUAUCAGAGAUAUCUUCAUUUGCUUGGAUCCCUUUCAGCUUCUAAUCAGCCUUUGUCACGGACUAGUUCCGACUCCUUUGAUCUUGACAGAAACUCAUGCAAUGAAGGUCGAUUGCCAUAUUUAUCAGUUGAAUCAUAUGAAGGGAUCAAUUGGAGUACUAGGAAUGUAGAAGUAUCAGAUACUGCCUCCGUUGGGACUGUAUUAUCUGAAACAGUUACAUCUGGCAGCUUAUUAUAUUUAAUGGAUUCGAGAGAUUCUUCUUCUAACUGGGAAUUACUAUAUAUUAGAGACAUACUUAGCAGCGCAGAGUUAUUUUCCGAGGAAUUUGCUCUUGGACAAGCUCACAAGAUCAUAGCCCCUGAUUUAUUUGACGAGUUAGAAAAUCAAAGAAUGAAUUCGUACAAAGUCACGGAAGAAGAGCACCACGUGCUCGAGCGUAAGGUGUUGUUCGACGGUGUGUGUGAAUGCCUGGAACAAAGAUGUGGGGCCCUCCUUACGGGAAGUUGCAAAUCAUGGGAGAAGCAGAUGAGAGUGUUGGGCACAAGGCAAUUCUUGGCGGAUGAUUUGUAUAGAGAAGUGUCGAGCUGGAAGAACGUUGAGGAGUUGAUGAUGGACGAGCUUGUGGACAAGGAUAUGAGUUGCAAAAACGGGAAAUGGACGGAUUUCGAAACGGAGGCUUUUGAAGAAGGUGUGGAGAUUGAAGAAAGAAUACUAACUUGUCUAGUUGAUGAACUCAUUGAUGAUUUCUUCUUGUGAUUUUGCUUUGCCCUAUAUAUAUAUAUUUAUAUAUUUAUGUUUUAGGAGGUUCGUUUUUAAUUAUUUCUUAACUGGUGGUGGUUUUGUAUGAACAACAUGUAUUGUAAGCUACAAUUGAAGCAACAUGAAAAAAGUCGUUGAUUAAAUAUGCCAAAGAAUUUGAGGGCUCCAAUUUAAUGAUUUUCAUUGCAAUUUGAUGUUUCGGCUUGAUGCUC